AUGUUUUACAUCAACUUGGUUUGUGCUUUCACCAAACCAAACGCAAUCCAACCAAUCCCUGUGAUGGUUACUGAGCUGGGAGGCACUGUGACUCUCACUUGCCUUUGUCCUAAUGUGUCGGUGACCAGAUUUAAUUGGUUCAAGCAGAGUUUUGGACAGGAACCCCUCCUCAUGGCAUCAUCUCUUUAUGUUGGCCAAGAUCAUUAUUAUUCCAAAAACUUUAUCAAGGACUUUACUGAGACCGAACGUUUGGGUGUGAGGAGAGGAGACUACAGCUGUAACUUGACCAUAUCCAAGACAGAGCCAGGGGACUCAGCUACAUACUUUUGUUCCACUACAGCCAUCUAUGAGCAAACAUUUGGAGAGGGAACUGUUUUAAUUGUCAAAAAUUCAGAGUCCAACAGCAUGUCUGUGCUCCAGCAGCCUGUGUCUGAGUCAGUCCAUCCAGGAGACUCUGUGACUCUGAACUGUACAAUUCACACUGAGACCUGUGCAGGAGAACACAGUGUCUAUUGGUUCAGACAUGGCUCAGGAGAAUCCCGUCCAGGAAUAAUUUACACCCAUGGAGACAGGAGUGAUCAGUGUGAGAAGAGCUCUGAGGCUGGGUCUCCUCCACAGAGCUGUGUCUACAACCUCCCCAAGAGGAACCUCAGCUUCUCUGAUGCUGGGACUUACUACUGUGCUGUGGCCUCAUGUGGGGAGAUACUCUUCGGGAACGGGACCAAGCUGGACAUUGAGGACCAUAGAGCAGAUCCUCUUCUCUUGGUGUCCUGCCUGGGUGUAGUAUUGUGUGUCACGUUCACCUUGAUCAUUGUCCUGGUUUGCAUCAUGUACAAGAUGAACAACACAACAUGUGUGCAGUGCAGAGGACUCGUCUCUCAGACCAGAGGUCCUGCAGUUACCAGAUCAGAUCUAGGGGACCAAGAUGGAGACAGUCUCCAUUACGUAGCUCUGAAUCUGAGCAACAAGAAGAACAGGUCUAGAAGACAGAGAGGUCACAUGGAGACAGUGGUGUAUGCUGGGAUCAGACAGUAGAACUGGAUGAAUGAACCAAUG